AAAAAAUUCCGGUAGGUGGCAUUGUAUGUAAUGUGAAUAUGGUUGUACUUUCUUGAGUUUCCCGAAUAAAAACAUUAAAAGAAAAUUACUAAAAGUGGUCUAUUUAUUAAAAGAAAAAGAUGGUAGUUUUAACAAGUUUUCCACCUCCAACUGAAGGAAUUCGUCAUACUCAGCCAAAUACAACAGUACAUGUUGAAUCUAAGGAUUUGGGAAAAGGAACAUUAUAUAUAGCAGAAAGUCGUGUUUCAUGGGUUGGUGAACACGGACAAGGAUUUUCGAUAGAAUAUCCUGCUAUUGCUCUUCAUGGUGUCACAAGAGAUGUGAAUGCAUUUCCUGAUGAAUGUCUUUAUUUAAUGAUUACUGCCCAGAUAAAUGAAUCAGAUGAUGGUGUAGAAGAAGGUGAAGAUGAGGAUGAAAAAAUGUCAGAAAUUUGUUUUGUUCCUGAUAACAGAGGCGAAUUGAAUGCAAUGUUUAAAGCAAUGACAGAAUGUCAAGCUCUCCAUCCAGAUCCCAAUGAUUCUAUAUCAGAAGAAGAAGAAGGCUGUUUUGAGGAUGCAGAAGAUGAUGGUGCCGAGUAUGAUGUCAGUGCAGCAGAAAGUGGAUUUGAUGGCAUCGGUAACUUUAAUAAUUCAGAAUCCAGAAUUGCACACAAAGGAUCGGGAGAUGAACCGAUGGAUGUCGGACAGUUUGACGACGCCGAACCAGAACAUUAAUUUUUUUUAUAAACUGAUUUCAGGAGUCUGUAGAAAAAAUACCAUGGUUCUCAUAAUAUUGCAUCAUGCAUCUUGUCAUUGAAUUUUUUAAAAUAAAUUUUUGAAAUUUUGUCAUUAUUUUAAUUUUCAAAAAUUUAUUUCUUAAAUAACUUCAUAAUCUUUUGUAUUUAUAC